AUGCUUUCAUUAUUAAUUGGACAUAAUUCAUAUACAAUUUUUAGUGAAGAAUUACCAAAUGAUACAUUUAAAAAAUUUCUUAAUGAUUCUUCAUUAACAAGUGAUUUAUUUUUUAAUGAUGUUAUUGUAUUAGGAUCAAAAAUUACAUUUGAAAAUUGGAAAAUUAGUAUUUUAGAAUCUUUGAUAUAUUUAAUAAUAAUAUUUAUUAUUACAUUUAUUGCUAUAUUUAAUUAUAUAAAACAUAUGAAAUCUCUAUCAUCUAGUAUGUCAAAAGGAACAAAAAAAUUACAUACUGAUUUCAUAAAAAUUGUACUCCUUCAAUCUAGUAUACCAUAUUUUUUGAUAUUUCCUGCAGUCAUAACAUACUCAAUAUUUAUAUUAUUUGGUAAUAUUCAUAAUAUUUUUUUUCUUGGAGAUAUAAUAGUAAAACUUUUUUGUAUCGUACCAACAAUCAAUGCUAUUUUAUUUAUAUUUUUACCAAGAAGAAACAGAAUGAUGUUUUUUUUAAUUUUUACUGAUUUAAGAAAUAUUUGUCUUUGUAUUUCAAAAAAAGAUAAUGAUAAAGAUAAUGUAUUUGGUUCAGUUGAUAAUCUUUCAAAAUAUUUUAUCAAAAAAAAAAGUCAAAUUUUGAAAUAUAAUAAAGAAGCUACAGGAAGAGUACGAGCACUUUCAGUGGCGUAUAUUGAAUAA